ACAGGUGAUAACGUUGGUAUAGCAGCCAUUGGCCAAACUUCUACCUACAGCUCGCAUACUCUUCGUCAAGGCGACGCAGUUGGAAGUGUGAUUGAUCACAAAUCGCAGGAUCCAACCACCUACAAGAUGCCGGAACACACUUUCGGUCAAGGUACCAGUGCUUCUGGCGAAAAGUCAACCUCUGGAGUUCCCGCUGGAGCGGCUGGCACUGCCGCUUCUCGUGCUUUCAACAAACACAAUGAUCAAAGCACCGAUAUAGCUGAUCUACCUCUAGCUUCGAAUAUUCCAGGCGCCUUUCCUAAGGAAUCUGCGCACGAUACUGUCACUCUCCCACCAGUAAACCGACCGAUCGACCAUGAAGCUGGUAGAGCUGCUCCAAUCUCUACUGAAUCAAACAGUGCCGCUGCCCCCGCAAGAACUGAACCUAAUCAGACAGGUACUUUCGGUAGAAUUUUGGGUGCUGUGGGUCUUGGAGGCGCUGCUGCUGGCACCGGCAUUGCGGCGUCCAAGGCCGCUGAGGAUAGGUCUCAAGCGGUAAUAGAUACUCCUGAACAGCCAACAACUACCACUGGCGUAGGAUCAUAUACUGCUCCAACUCAGUCAGGACCAUCACCCUCGCACCAUCGCAAGGAGAGUAUCCCUACAACUGCAUAUCCAGCUGGGCCUGGCUCGCCCUCGCCCAUUCAUGCUCCUGUUGGUGGAACCAGAGGAUCCACUGCAAGCGAAGACAAGAGCCAUGCUGGCCGUAAUGCUGGUCUUGCCGCCGCCGGUCUGGGUGCUGGAGCAGGUGCGCUCGGUGCUCAUGAAUAUGGAAAGAGUAGAGAAGGUCCUGCUGAUACACCGACGUCUUCCACUUUGUCAGGAACCCUGCCAACCAUGGACUCUGCCCUGCCAAAUAGUGGCCAGACUACGUCGGCCUUCCCAAGCAAUUCCCAAAGCACAACGUCUUCUGCGCUCCCCUCUUCCACUAGGACGGGGACGGAACAAGGUGUCCCUCGCGAUCAACAUCUUACAACUUCAGGACAAGACCAACAGGCUAGUGGAUACGGCAAGACCGCUGCCGCAGCAGGCCUUGGAGCUGGUGCCGGUGCAGCUGGAGUUUCAGCUUUGCAGCAUGAUAGAAAGCCUGAUUCUACAGACCGGUUUGCUGAGCAGCCAUGGCAAUCCAACCAAACUCCCAGCCACCCAUCUACUGGUGGAACAAGCGAUCUUGUCCGCGAGCAAGCCUCCAGCCAAACACCAGUGACUUCAGCAAUAGGUACCUCUUCGACUGAUCCUACAACAGGUGACAGCCACGCAGGGCGUAAUGCUGCUCUUGCAGGAGCUGCUGGUGCUGGGCCCGGGGCCUAUGGUGCUCAUGAAUACGGUAAACGCUCCGCAGGGCAAGAUGCCGCCAACCAACCAUCCACUGGUGGAACAAGCAACCUUGUUCGCGAGCAAGCUGCCAGCCAAACACCAGUUACAUCUACAAGAGACAAUGUCGGCACCGGCCCAACAAAAGAUGACAGUCAUACAGGACGUAACGCUGCUCUCGCAGGAGCUGCUGGUGCUGGAGCUUAUGGUGCUCAUGAGCACAGCAAACACCAGGCCGAGGAAGAUGCUCCCCGGAGGCAGAAAGACCUCGCCGAGCAGGAAGCUGCCCGUCAGAAACAAUUCGAGAGGGAUCAAAAGGCGGCUGAGAAGCAGGCACACAAGGAAGAAAAGCAGCACGAGAAGGACUUGAAGAAACAAGAGAAGGCCGAAGAAAAAGCUCACCAGAAGGACCACAAAAAGGAAGAAAAGGCCCACGAUAAGGCGGUGGCCAAGGAAGAGAAACACCACCAGAAAGAGCUAGAUAAGGAAGACGAAGCUGAACACAAGCGCCGUGAGAAGGAGGCAGCUGCCCUCGCAGGGACCGCUGGCGCCGGAGGUGCAGCAUACGCAGCUCAUCGUCAUGACGCCGAUGCGAAUAACAAGGGCAAGCUCUCCAGCGAGAAUGACCAUGAGCGCAACAAGCUCCACAAAGAUGCACCAGAAAAGAAACCGAGCCUUUUCAAACGAAUCUUCAGGCGCAGAAAGAACAAGGACACAGGCGACAGCGAAGAGUAUAGCACCGAUGAAGAAGACAACACCGGCUCAACUGGGACCACCGCCGCGGGGUUAAGCGCUGGUGCUGCUGGGGCAGGUCUAGCAGGCUCAAAGUCAGACAAGGGCUACGACGUGGCAUCUGGUGGCCCGCAGAAACCAUCUUACAACCCUCUGCACAAAGAUGAC